UUUCACUUUGAUGUGUGGCUUAUACACUGUUAACUAUUGACGGAGCCACAUAGCACAAAGUUACAAUGGGCGUCAAAGAGAAAAGCGGUCUCGCGUUGCUCUUGGGCGAUGAAGCGUCACCAGAUGCUGAGAUCGCUGCAGCUACGGCUGUCUUUGAGCUAAGCGCGGACGAGCGUGAAGCCCUUUCGCCGGGAGAUGGCUUGUGUGCCUGCCUCAGCGAGCUGGUUUCGGCCCGCGUCAGCGCUCAGCGACGGCAAGCUUCUGGAGCCUCGGACACGCGGGCGGGUAGGCUCGGGCCAGCCACCGUCGGCGUUUCCUGUGUCGCGGGGCAGACGGACACGGCCAGCUCCUCCAGCUUUUCCUCCAGCUCGCUGUCGGUGUCCAGCACCUCCUCCUUCAGCUCCGUGCGCGCGAACGCCUGCGUCUACACGGGCAAGUGGCAGUACGAGGUGACGGUCUGCACGGCAGGCAUUAUGCAGAUUGGGUGGGCCACCAUCAACACGCGCUUUACCUCGGAAGAGGGUGUGGGCGAUUGCCCUGACUCUUACGCCUUUGACGGCAAGCGGGUGAAGAAGUGGAGCGUGGAGUGCAUCCCCUACGGCGAGUCCUGGGCUGCGGGUGACGUGAUCGGCUGCUGCCUGGACCUGCACCGCGGCGAGGCCACCUUCUACCGCAACGGCCGCAGCAUGGGCGUGGCCUUUGCGCGCGUGCGCAGCCUGCAGCCGCACCUCGCCUACUUCCCCGCCGUGUCGCUGUCGCACGCGGAGCGCGCCGAGCUCAACUUCGGCGCCACGCCGCUCACGUACCCCGUGCCCGGGUACCAGCCGGUGCAGGCACCGCCGCGCUCCGGUGACGUAGAGUCGGCGGCCUACUUGUUGGGCUGCUUGGAGCGGCUGGGCACCUGCGUGCAGCCGCGCUUCGAACCCGCACCGGGCACAGCAGCAGCGACAGCUGCGGGUACCAGCGGCGGCGCCGGCGGUAGUACCGGGCCGGGCAAGGACCCCGCGGCGGACGGCUCUGGAGAGGUGUACGGGCUGGGCCGGGGACUGGUGGCGGGGCUGGGCGGGGGCCCGGCGCGCAGCCCAGGCGCACAUGAUGUCGUGGGGGAUCGGGCAGGAACAGCAGGCGCAGGCGCGGGAGCUGGGAGAAGCGGCAGUCUGGCUCUGGGCUGGGACUCGUGGCUGCUGCUGGGCUCUGUGGCGGCGGAGCAGCUGGGGCCGCUGCUGUUGGAUGACUACGUCAUUGCGGCCGUGCUCACGCCCACUCUGCUGCGCCUGGCAGCCGCCGCCGAAAAGGACGCCGCAGCAGACCAGGCACACCAGCGCACAAACCUGGCAUCAGGGCUAGGGGCAGCGACGGUGCUGGGGCCGGGCUCGGGCGGCGCGGGGCGGCCGCUGGGCCACCUGCUGCAGCUGCUGGAGCUGACGCUGGACCCGGGAGUGCUGGCGGCCGUGGUGGCGUGUCUCAUGGAGGUGCUGGCCAAGCGCUGCGUCAGCGCCGCGCCGCCGCCCGAGGGCGGCAGCAGGUCCGUGGGUGCGGAGAAUUUGGGCGCGGCCGCGAGCGCGGGCGCGGCGCGGCCGUACCUGGCUCUGGCGGUGGCGGUGGCGCAGCGGCCGGUGCUGCGGGCGGCGUGGCUGCGCUCCCAGAACCUGUGGGAGGUGCUUGAGGCCUUCCUGACGCGCAAGAGCCCCAGCCCCGAGGACCUGAAGCGCCUGCUGCCGGCGGUGUGGUGGCGCGGCUGCCCCGAGCUCACGGGCGAGCGGGAGCACAUGCGGGCGGCCAUGGGGGAGCUCAGCACGGCCAUGGCACGGGUUGAGGCGUGCCAGUACGAGCUGAUGUGCUGCCUGCUGGGCAGCCCGGGUGUGGGCGGCGACCCGCGCGAGGACGCGCUGGUGGAGUUCCUGCGCUACCUGGUGCACAAGAACCGCGGGGCCACACGAGACAUCCCGCCGCCCGGGCUGUCCAACCACACGGUGCUCAUCAGCGCCUACUUCGCCCUGCUGCGCAUGCUUCGCGCCGCGCUGCCCGUCACAAACAGCUUCCCCGCCGGGGCGCUGUUUGUCAAGACCGCCCACCAGGCCGACCUGGAGCCGGUCAACAGCCUGGUGCGGCUGGGCGGCAUCGUCACGCACCUGUGCCGCGAGUCGCCCGUCACCUGCCCCGCACAGCUGGCCCCCCUGCACGUGGCGCCGCCGCCGCCCCUGCCCGCCACAACCGCAGCCGCCGCGGCAGGCACAGCAGCAACAGCAACAGCCGCUGCGCCAGGCGCGCUGGCGCCGCCGCCGCCGUGUGAGUGUGACGCCUGGGUGGCGGCCCGUGUGGCUGCGGCCCCGGCCCUGGCGGGCCAGCUGGUGGACGCGGCCAUGACGCUGUACGCGUUCAAGGUCGGCAGCAGCGUCAAGAUGAUGCACAACACGGCCAGCUCGCUGACCGCCAGCCUCAGUGGCAAGGAGGAGGUGGAGCGCCAGCUGCGCGCCGCCGUGGCCUCGGGCGCCGCCACCGCCUCGCCCGCCGCCGCCGCCUAUGUGUCGUACCUGGAGGAGGCGCGGGACUUCUUCCGGCAGGAGGUGGCGGCAGGCAUCCGCUUCGCCAGCCUGCUCAAGGUGGUGUUCUUCAGCGGCUGGAAGCAGGAGGCCUGGCUGUGCCUGGCGGCCUGGCUGGGCCGGUUGCUGGCCGCCGCCGCCGCGCAGCCCGGCCCGCUGCUGUCGUACGUGCCCACCGCCUACCUGGACUGCAUGCUGGACUGGCUCACUAGCAUGAGGCUGGCGGCCUCAGAGGCGGCCGCAGGCACAGCUCUGCCGCCCGCCGCCACCGCGCCCACCGUGGAGGCGCUGCGCGCGCACGGCGUGUCCGGCAGUAGCAAUAGCAGCGGCGGCAGUAGCAACAGUGGCGGCAGUGGCGGCAGCAGCCAGGGCUCCCUGGGCGACCUGAUCGGGGCGCUGGUGGUGCUGCUGCACGAGCCGCGCAUCUGCACGCCUGACGCCAAGGAGGCGCUGGUGGCGGGGCUGGGCUCGCUGCUGGGCGCGCCGGGGCUGAUGGCGGAGGUGGAGCGCAACGCCGUGGCGCGGGCGCGGCUGGCGGGUGCGGCGGUGGCGGCGUUCGACUCGCGGCUGUGGCACCCGGUGGCGCAGGUGCUGCUCAAGAUGGUGCGCGGGAUGGGCUUCGGCGACGACGCGCCCAGCGGUACCCCCGCACACAGCCCACAGGAGCGGCUGAGCUCCGGCGCCGCCGCCAGCUCCUCGGCCUCGGGUCCAGGCCACACGGGGGCAUGCGGUGGUGGCGGCGGCAGCACACAGUUCCGUGCGGCUCUGGCGGCGGAGCUGAGGCCGGGCGGUCCGGCGCUGCAGCCCUUCCUGCACCGUCUCUUCAACUGCGCCAACUGGGCCACAAGCGACUUUGCAGCUACAGUGGCGGACCUGCAUGACAGCAGCCGCUCCCGACGCCACGUGACGGAGCAGCAGCAGCAGUACCGCAAGGCCGGGCUGCUGUUCGAGCUGGUCACGGCGCUGCUGCGGCUGCUGGAGUGGGCCGCGGCCAGCCUGCCGGACGCCUUCCUGGGCCAGGAGCAGGGCCAGGGCCAGGGGCAGGGGCAGGGCGCCGCGGAGGGCGAGGAGGCGCCGCCUGCGGCACUCAAUCUCAACAGGCUGCUGGAGGUGGUGUCGUUCGUGCUGUCGCACUUCACGGAGGGCAGCGACGCGCGCCGCCUCACGGAGCUGCUCGCGCUCCCAGCUGCCGACGGCGCCGGCGGCAUGAGCAGCACCCUGCGGCUGGAGCGCAGCCUGCUGGCGGACAAGGUGCACAAGGCGGCGGCUCUGGCACCCGUGGUGGGGGCGCUGCUGGGCCUGUGGCGCAGCGCGUGUGGAGUGGGCGGCGGCAGUGGUGGUGUUGGUAGUGGUGGCGAGCAGCAGCAGCAGCAGCAGCAGCAGCUGCAGCUGCUGGACGCGCUGCUGCGACACAGCGACAGCCACACGGAGAAGCAGAUGGCCUACCUGCGCGGGCUGGACUGGUGGGCCGCGCUGCCGUCGGCGGAGCCGGCGGGACUGGAGGCGGGUAUGCGGCUGUUCAGCCGGCUGCUGCUGGCGGCGGCGGCGCGGCGGCAGCAGCUGGCAGCCGAAGCCGGCGGAGCAAGCGGCGGGGCGGGCGGCGGCAGCGAGGCGCCCGAGGAGCUGUGCGACCCCAUCACCUCCUCCCUCAUGACGGAUCCAGUCAUCCUGCCCGACUCACAGGUGACAGUGGAUCGCUCCACCAUUGAGCGCCACUUCCUCACCAGCCAGACCGACCCCUUCUCGCGCACGCCGCUGGCGCGCGCGGCGCUCACGCCCAACACAGAGCUGCGCGCCAAGGUGCAGGCCUGGCUCAGGAGCAAGGGCCGGACAGGCUGAGCGCAGGCGCAUGCGUGGCAGAGCAUCACAGCGUGUGAGGUGGAGGGUGACGUAGGUGGAGGCUGCGUCCUUGUGUGGUUGAGCCGAGGGGCCGAGGUCGCGUGAGGCGCCGGAGUCCUCCGGAGUCAGCGAGAGCCGGGGUGCGAACUUACGGCGAACGGCUGUUGGAGGAUCAGCGGUUUUCUGAAACCCCGGGACGUUGUUCAAUUGCGCAAAGCAUUGAUGCGAUUUAUUUCGGGUUUGCUACAGAAGGCGCGUUUUUCGGUGCGGGGGACUUGGCGGGAGCCUUUUCACCUUUUGCUAACCGCGCUUGAGCUGGCUCGCAUUAUGUAUCAAUUGCUGUAAUUGGUAAUAAUG